CCCCCCCUACCCUUUGUUCCCCCUUCCUUAAAAAUGCUGUGUCUGUGCGUCCCUCCCACAUAUCGUCUGAGGCCUGGCUUCAAGGAUGGACUGUGCACUGCUGCUGCUGUCCCUGUGGGCUCUGGCUGGAACGGUGUCCCUGCAGGCUCCAGGGUCGUGUCCGGAGAGACUUCUGGGAGAGGAGAGGAGGAGGACGUGUCCUCGGCCCUGCAAAGCUGACAGAGACUGUGGCAACAAGCGCCAGUGUCUGUGUGACGGCCAGUGUGGUCUCAGCUGUGUCGCUCCAGGUCGAACUUGUCCCUGGCCUCUACCCUCCAGUAAAAACUCAGUGGCUCGCCUCCUCUCUCCCACUCACUCCUUUUCUGCCCUGCUGGAAGUGCGCUGCGAGCCGGGAUUCAUGUUGCCCAGCGGCUUGGAUGCCACUAUUCGCCGUUGUCAAGGUGACCGACAGUGGAGUGGGGAUGAGCCCAUCUGCACAGAGGCUCAGUCACCUGAACCUGCCGCUGACCAAACCUGCCCUUUGCCUGAGGAAGUCAUCAACACCUUCAGCAUCCAGGGUGACGCUACUGUAGGAACUUCCAUCCGCUACAGCUGCCUGUCUGGGGCGGAUAUAGUGGGGAGCAGUGAAAAUUUCUGCCAAGAUAAUCAGACCUGGCAGUAUCCUCACCCCAUCUGUAAAAAAGUGUACUGCCAGCCUCCUCUAGAGGUGGAGCAGGGCUACGUGGUGGCUGUCCAGAAGACUGAAUAUGAAGUUGGCUUUGACAUCCACUACCUCUGUAAAAAGAACUUCCUGCUGGAUGGACCCCAGAAGGUCAUCUGCCUGUCGAAUGGCAGCUGGAGUGAAUCGCCCCCAUACUGCAGAGCUCGCUGUCUCAUCCCUGCUGAGCGAAGCCGAGUGGUGAUUGGUGGAGUGAAGCGCUGGCCGUUUGACGUUACAGAUGCGGUGGUUCCUCACGGGGAAAAUGUGACAUUCUUCUGCAAACAUCCUCGCAAGCAGUGCAGCUUCACUGCGACCCAGACCUGCUCUGAUGGCAAGCUGCAGCCACCAGCCUGCUACCUUGAGCCCACAUGGUUGCAGUAUAAACUCUUUCCUCACCGACUGGUCUCAGAGAUUGAAGCAUGUGAGUCUGGUGAUGUGGAGUGAUGACCUGCACGUCUGACCUCGACCCACCCAACACUCAUGAUACCGUGACACAAUAUGAACACCUCCUGGCACGCACCCAUCACCCACCACCCACCACCCACCACCCAGAGCAGUCCCUCUCCACUCUGCAGCUUUGCUUCAACUAUCUAUGCUAUGAUUAUUAGACGCUGAAAUAUUUUUCACAGCUCUUGUGGAUCAGCAAGCUAAGCUGUCUAUCCUGUGCUUGUGGCAUCGUGGGUUUGAACAGUGCUCACGGCCUUUGUCACUCUCUCCUGCAUACUAUCAAACUGCAAGCGUUAUUAUAAUCUGCAAACCCCUCAAGUAUUACUUUGAUCCUCCUCCAGCUUGAGCCAAUGCAUACUGUAGAUGCAAUCCAUAGGCCUUCUUGAUGUUGUAUAUAUAUAAAAUGCAUUAAUACAUGCUCUAUCAGUUAUGCCUGUGAUGAUACCUCCAUGUAACUCAUAAUGGCUUGACUCUGUGAUAUCUCACUGUGUGAUCUUUCUUUCCUCUGUUGAGGGUGACGCAUCAAGUCUUGAGGCUUGUAAGUGUUUAUGAUUUUUAAAUAAAGUAAUGUCAAAACUG